AUGGUAGUCCAGAAGAAAGAAAGCGUGUUCAACACACUCAACGAAUGCGAAGUCGAAGAUAUUACUUUAGAGUUUUUCUACAAACCCCAUACAAUAACUUUAUUAAUAUUGUCUAUUGCUGGUGUUAUAUUUAUGUCAUUCAUCCGAGAUGAUAAGUCCAUUGAUAAUAACAUAUGGGCAGGAAUCUGGUGUGUUAUAUUCUUUCUACUUCUUGUAUCUUUACUGGCAUUCCCCAACGGCCCUUUUGUAAGACCCCAUCCAGCAAUCUGGCGUAUGGUAUUUGGACUGAGUGUUUUAUAUUCACUAACAUUGCUAUUUUUAUUAUUUCAAAAAUAUGAAACUAUUAAAGGAAUGAUAUUAUGGCUUGAUCCUAACUUGAAAGAUUUUAAAAUCGAUAUGGACAAAGAAUAUGGUGUUAAUUGUUCAGAUAUCAAUGUUGAGAAAUUCUGGGCUCAUUUAGAUGUAUUUGCUGCUGGUCAUUUUUUCGGUUGGGUAUCAAAAGCUAUACUUGUGAGACAUUAUGGAAUAUUAUGGUCUAUGAGCAUGAUGUGGGAAUUCACCGAAGUAAUGUUUUCUCAUUUGUUGCCUAAUUUUAAGGAAUGUUGGUGGGAUGCAUGGAUUUUAGAUGUCCUGCUGUGCAAUGGAUUCGGUAUAUGGGUUGGCAUGAGAAUUUGUAAAAUGCUAGAGAUGAGAGAUUAUAACUGGCCCGGUAUCAAAGAAAUUGACACGACUAAAGGUAAAAUCAAGCGAGCUGCACUUCAAUUUACACCAGCUAGUUGGACACAAGUUCGAUGGCUAGAUCCAAAUUCGUCAUAUAUGCGUUUUUUUUCUGUGUGCCAAAUGGUGAUCAUGUGGCAGGUAUCAGAAUUGAAUACAUUCUUCUUGAAGCACAUAUUUGAAAUGCCACCGUCGCAUCCAAUUGUUGUUGGCAGACUUUUUAUUUUGAGUAUUGUAGUCGCACCAUCAACUCGACAAUAUUAUACCUAUGUGACAGAUUCUAAUUGUAAAAGACUUGGGACACAGUGUUGGGUCUAUGCUGUCAUAAUGGUCACAGAGUCACUGCUGUGUAUAAAGAAUGGAAAAGAGCUAUUUCAGCAAACUGAAAUUUUCAACAUAUCAGUUUGGCUAAUGAUUAUGUUAUUUUUCUCCGUCGUCAGUGUUUUGGGUUUUUGGCAGGCAGAUUGGUUAACAGGAAAAAAAUUAGAUGUUGAAUCAAUACAAAAUACAAAUUUAAUUGAUAAUAAUUUUGAAGAUGACUCCAAAACUAGCAAAAGUAAAACAAUCUAA